AUGACGACAAUAGAAAAAAUUCUGAAUAGUAUCUUUAAACAAGAUAGCUCAGAUACUCGUUCUAUUCAAAAUAAAAAUAUAAGCAACAGCGAGAAUAAUAUGUCAAGUAAUAAACAUCGAAAAGUGAAACGAGAAUCUUUACCUAAAGAACCAUCAUCAUAUCCAUCAUCAUUAGAAAAAUAUUAUAGCAAAGAACAAAUGUUAACUACGGAAUUGGAUGUUUUGAAACAAGUAAAUCAUCCAAAUAUUAUCUCAUUACAUGAUAUUUACGAAACCAAAGAUGCAGUCUAUAUUAUUACCGAUUUGGCACUUGGUGGGGAAUUAUAUAAUCAAUUAGUACGAAGAGGAAGUUAUACAGAAAAGGAUGCAGCAAUUUUAAUUGAACAGAUUUUAUCAGGAGUUAAAUAUUUACACGAUCGUGACCCAGAAAAUCUAUUAUUUAGUGAUAAAUCCGAGUCCUCAACUUUAAAGAUUAACGACUUUGGUCUUUCAAAAAUAUUAAAACAUAAUGAUGAUAUUUUAAUGACAGCUUGUGGUACACCCGGAUAUGUGGCACCGGAAGUAUUAAGGCAAAAUGGAUAUGGGAAACCUGUAGAUAUUUGGAGUAUUGGAGUAAUACUUUAUACAGUUUUAUGUGGAUAUACACCAUUUUGGGGAGAAAAUCAAAAAGCAUUAUUUGAUAGUAUAUUAAAAGGUGUAUAUGAUUUUGAUAAUGAUUAUUGGUCAGGCAUAAGUGAUGAAGCGAAAGAUUUAAUUAAUAAAAUGUUAGAAUAUAAUCCUGAUAAAAGAAUUACGGCUAAUGAUGCACUUCAACAUCCAUGGUUCUUGAAGAAAGCAAUUAAUGUAAUACAAAGCGUAACUCGAAUGCGAAAACUUAAUGAUAAUCAACCACAGUCACCACAACAGUAUAAUAAAGGAAAUAAUAAUUAUGAUCAUAUGAAUACGAUCUCACUGUUGACUAGUCCAGUAAACCCUACUAUGAUACACCUGAUUUAG